CGAUAAUUUGACUCGAGUAGUAAAACGUCACAAGAAUCGUGAAAAUGGCGUUGAUAAUCGGGCGUAGAAUGUGAAGUGACAUUUCUCUCUUUUUCUCGGCUUUAUUUAUCCAAAAAACAAAUAAGGUGCUUAUUAUUUUUCUAGACAUUGAAUUACAGGAGUAAACUGUCAAAAUGAUGUCCGACCGAAAGGCGGAAUUAGAAAGGAAGAAAGCAAAGCUCCAGGCAAUUAGGGAAGAGAAAGAAAGACGCCGAAGAGAAAAGGAGCAAAAAGAUGUCGAAGAAGCAACAGUUCGCGCAGCUGGAGCUGAUAAAGAUCAUCGAAAGGAAUUGGAUGCCAUGCUUUCCUCCCUUGGAGUUGCGCCCGUUUCUGACGUUUUAUCUAGUCUAUCGAGUAUGAACUCAUCGACACCAGAACAAAGCAAUAAUGCAACUCCCGAUGUUAGUUUACAGCCAUCUAGUAUUAAUUCUGCUCAAAGCGCAACUCGGAGGAAAAAUCGAGAAUUGACCGUCGUCUCAGUGGCUCACACAAACAUUCCCCCAAAGGAACCGGUAGUUUAUAGCAAACAAACUCAGACUGUUCAGGUGGCUCACGCUUCCCAUGACGGACUGUCCGCCUCCUCUUCCGCGUACACCAUCUCCUCCUGUACAACAUCAACACCAACUCAUUCUUGCUCCGCAGGAUACUUUGAGACUGACUGGUGGCGUCCCAGGAAAGGUGGGUCUGCACCAAACUACCUAUACGAGUACAAUCUAAAUCCUGGUUUAGAAUGGGAGGACGAGUUUACAGCCGAGGACGAGGAGAACAGCCUGCCACAUCUCGAUGGUUUCCAGAGCAAAUUACCACCCGGGAUCCUUCCACAUGGAUUGCCCCAGGUUAAGGAAGUUCAGCCAGCAGUCACACAAGUCGAACAGGAAAAAGAAAAAGAGAAAUCCAAAGAAGUGAGAGAACUCAGCAAGGAGGAGAAGCAGAUGAUAAUUUUGUCGGAAGAUUUUCAACGUUUUCUGGAUAGGACGAGCAGAAUUGUGGAAAGAGCCCUCGGUGAAUCGGUUGAUAUUUAUACGGAUUAUACGGGAACAAUGGACGGAGAUGAUGGAAUGGAUGAAAAGAGUCAUCAGCGAUUGUGGCUAAAUAGAUCGUUUUAUUGUGAACGUUGGUCGCGAAAUCGUUGUGUUACUUCGAUGGAUUGGUCGCCACAAUUUCCGGAACUAUUGGCAGCAUCCUAUCAUAAUAAUGAUGAAAGUCCAAAUGAUCCCGAUGGUGUUUGUUUAAUUUGGAAUACGAAAUUUAAGAAAACAACACCUGAAUUUAUAUUUCAUUGUCAGUCGCCCGUUAUGUCGACGACAUUUGCAAGAUUUCAUCCAAAUUUAAUUUUAGGUGGUACAUACUCGGGACAAAUUGUCCUCUGGGAUAAUAGAGUGCAAAAAAGAACGCCUAUUCAACGCACGCCAUUAUCAGCGAGUGCUCACACGCAUCCAGUUUAUUGUUUAAGUGUGGUUGGAACUCAGAAUGCUCACAAUUUAAUUAGCAUAUCGACUGAUGGAAAAAUGUGUUCCUGGAGUUUGGAUAUGCUUUCUCAGCCGCAAGAAAAACUAGAAUUACAAGCUAAACAAUCAAAAUCAAUUGCCGUCACGUGUCUCGCAUUUCCUCAUGGAGACGUUAAUAAUUUCGUCGUUGGAAGCGAAGACGGAAUGGUCUAUUCUGCAUGUCGUCAUGGAACAAAAGCAGGAGUUACGGAAAUGUAUGAAGGACAUCAAGGUCCAGUGACGGGAAUUGACGCUCACGCUGUUCAGGGUGGAAUUGACUUUUCCCAUUUAUUCCUGACGUCAUCGAUUGACUGGACCAUCAAACUUUGGAGUUUAAAGGAGAAUAAACCACUUUAUUCGUUUGAGCAUAAUGGUGAUUAUGUUUACGAUGUUGCAUGGUCUCCCACACAUCCAGCAUUAUUUGCUGUUGUCGAUGAUUCGGGACGACUCGAUUUAUGGAAUUUAAAUCAGGACACAGAAGUACCAGCCGCUAGUGUUAUUGUCGAUGGUUGUCCCGCUUUGAAUCGUGUCUCAUGGAUGCCAAGCGGUUUCCACGUCACUGUUGGUGAUGAUUCAGGAAGAAUUUGGGUUUAUGACGUUGCAGAGCAUUUGGCCCAUCCGAGAAUGGAUGAAUGGAACAAAUUUCUGUACACGCAACAAGAUUUAAAGAACAACAAGGCAGACGAGGAAUUGGAUAAAUUGAAUUUGAGUUCAGGUCCAUCUUCGUUAAGUUCAAUGUCCUCCAUGUCAUCAAUGAUUGGUUACAUUAACAAAAAUCAUUAACUUUUCUUUUUUAAUUAUUAACAUUCAAAUUAAUUCUCUUUCAUCAUGUAAUUUUUCACGAAUAUUUAGAAAAAAACAAUUUAAAUUUCAUAUUAUUAAUAAAAUAAUUUAUUUUUGCCUUAUUUGCGAAUAAUUAAAAAAAAUAUAUAUAUAUUCAGUGAUAUUUUACAUGAAUUUUUUGUUUUGAAAAUUCAAUCGAGAAGUAAAUUGUACUCUUGGUAAAAUUUUGACGAAUUUAAAUUUAAUUAAUCACGCUUUGAUGUGUACAUAUAGAAUUUUGCAUAUUUUGCGCGCUCAUUGUCGAAAGCACUGCGAGGCAAAAUGUGAGAAAAAAAAAGAAGUCGACUGUAAUUUACAAUGUAUAAUAAUUAUUUCUGAAAUAUUUAAGAAUUUCUUUGAUAAUUAUAAUUUUUAUCUAUUUUUUUUCUAUUGAUUUUUCAUAUUACUAAUUAUUUAAUAUUAACAUCGAAUGAAAGUUUAUUUUUUAUGUAAUUGAUGAAUAAUUUAAUUAAAUAUUGAGGGACGUAAAAAAAAUUUAAGUUGCAAUCGAAAAAACAUAUAUUUAGCAAUAAGUUCCUUUGUACAUUUAUUUGUCUGAAUUUUUAACACUGUGUUUUUUUAUAUUGCUUCUUAAUAUGACAUUUAUAAAAGUUGUAUGAAAUGGAGUGAAAUAAAUUUAUUGGCGCAAUAGAGA